AUGAAUCCAGCAGCACAAGAGGUGCUCGUAUCCAGGCAGAACGAAGGGAGCCAAUUCCGCCGACAAACUCCUGCUUCCCGAACAAAAACGAAACCUACACACACAGAGGCGCAAAAGCGAAGUCAGCGAAACCAGCGAAGUUCCCGGGUGAACAGACCAAACUACAGGGUCGAAGCGAAGAGUACAGUUGUUGCAGCUACCGACCAACGCCACCUCCCAGAGGAAGAAACGGAGUCAACUGUCCUGAUUCUAGAGAGCAAGCUGCGUUCUCAACCAGCCUGUACCUUGGUCUCUACUGAUCUUUUUGUGCGCCACCAGCCACUCAACCGAAGCUCGGAUCGCCUUCAGGAAAACAACUUUGGUGUUGCUGCUGGUAUCUUGAAAUAUCCGAUUGUUUCUCACUAA